ACGGGUGUAUCAGUGAAGUGAAUCGGAUUUCGCGGUCACUAUCUCUCUAUCUCUCUUUCUGUCUCUCUCUCUCUCUCUAGAGUCCAGUUGCUCUUCGUUCUGCGGCGCUACGCGGGCUACCAGAACGAUUACUUUCUCUGUUCUGUGAUUCUCUUUGUCCCUCAAUUCCUUUCUUUUCGUUCCGUCUACGUUGGUUUUGCUUCGUUCCGAUUGGUUAAAUGGAUCGGAUCUUUAUCGACAUUUGAGUCGCUUUCGUCGUCGUCUCUCCUCGCUCUUCAUUUCUUGGUUCUUUGCAGGUGUAUCUUGAGGCUGAAGGACUGUGAAUUUGUCAUCAACCAUGUGUUGGCAUCUAGCAUAAAUGCGAACAAGGUUCAUAUGUCAAAUGGAAUGUAAUACGCUGGGGAAUUGAAGAUGGGGUCAAGUAACCAUUGCUCAAGAUCUGCUGGCAACGUUCCAUUCACUUUAGAACUCCUAAGAAGUUCAAAGCCAGAAGAAAACUCAAAUGUUGUGAAGCUGGAGAUUCUACCGCUUAAAGGAAGUCAAAUUCUGAAGUGUCAAGAAAAGAAAAAAUUAGAAAGUUCACAUGGUCGAUCUUACUCUGACCGGCAUCACAGGUUGAUGGCAGGUGAUGAAUUCAAAGUCCCGCCUAAAUCUUUGAAGAUCUCUCAAAAGUUUGGGAAAGUAAGUGAGGAGAGUAACAAUGAUGAGCUUGUUAAGCACAUGUCAAAUUUACCUAGCUAUCUUCAGAGAAUGGAGAAAGGAGAAAAUUCCCAGGAGAAGGCUUUGAAUUUUGGAGUUUUAGAUUGGGAGCGUCUAGAAGAAUGGAAGUACAAAAAGCAUCCCCUGCCAGGAGGUAACACUAAUGUGUCUCCCACUGGUGAAAAUUCCUCAUUUAAGGCAAAUGCAUCGCUCAAACUCUCUAGUCAUGUUCAGAGCCAGAGUCUCAUUCCUCAAAAGAAGCAACCCUCAUCCUAUCGUCCUCAACUUAAAGAAUCUCAUGAAGGCAGCUUUUCGCAAGAUGUUAAACAGGCUAGAGGGAAAGUCAGACAAGAUUUUCGGGCUGUUUAUAAAUCUAGCAUGAAACCAUCUAGCUCAAUCCAUGGUCCUAACAGGGUAGUUCCAAAUGAUUCAUCUUGUGUACUCCCAUGUUCAAACAAAGAGCCAGCCAUAUUAGCCCAAGGUAAAUGCAUAGACAAGAACCCAUUAUGCAUGAAGUCUUCAACUGUAAAAGAAAGUGAUACUUCAAAGAGAUUGGAUAAUGAAGCAACUGAACCUGCUGUUGUCAAGGGAAGCAAUUCCUCAGAUAACCACCGGCUUAGCUUUAGCCUGGGUAAGAUCAGCAGAAGUUCUGGUUUUGAGGAAAGCUCAACCUUACCACAGUUGAGUUCCAACUGUGCUAUUUUUAAAAGUGGUUCAGUGGGAUCUGAAGCAUCUGAUUCUGUUUCUUCUGAGGAAGUUCAUCCUGUGAAAGAAUACUCUGACACUCUGCACUUAUCAUGUCGCCCUCAACUUAAUGGAUCUCAUGAAGGCGGAUUUUUUCAAGAAGUUAAACAGACUCAAGGGAAGGUCUCAAGACAAGAUUUUCAGACUGUUUAUGAGUUAUCUGGCAGGGAACCAUCAAGCUCAAUCCAUGGUUGGAGCAGGGGAGUCUCAAAUGAUUCAUCUUCUGUAUUCCCUUGUUCAAACAAAGGGCUAGUCAUAUCAACCCAAGGUAAAUGCAUAGAGAAGAACCCAUCAACCGUGAAGCCUUCCUCAUCACCAAGCUUUGAACCCUUGACCGUGAAGCCUUCAAGAGGAAAAGAAAGUGAUGUUUCCAAGAGAUUGGAUAAUGAAGCAACUGAACCUGCUGUUGUCAAGGGAAGCAGUUCCUCAGAUAAUCGUCGGUUUAGGUUUAGCUUUGGUAAGAUCAGCAGAAGUUCAAGUUUCAAGGAAAGCUCAACCUUACCACAGUUGAGUUCUAAGUAUACUAUUUUUAAAAGUGGUCCAGUGAGAUCUGAAGCAUCUGAUUACUUUUCUUCCGAGCAAUUUCCCUCUGCAAAAGUAUAUUCUGAGAUGCUGCACUCCUGCCCAGUUCCUGCUGGAAUAGAGACCAGGGCCAAUUCAAAUAACUUAACCGCUGCUCAGGGAAUGGGGCUCUCUAAUGAUGCUGCCCACCUGUUCUACAACCCAAAUGGAACACAAAAUAAGUCAAGUGCAGGUGCAAUUCUGACUUCAAAGCCAUUUGACGAAGCUACUGGAGUGGCAGCUAAGAAAGGAAGGCAUCCAUCACCUAAUCGUCGCUUUAGCUUUAGCCUUGGUAAGAUGGGCAGAAGUUUAAGUUUAAAGGAAACUUCGAGUGUUCCAGCGUUGAGUAACACAUAUGCUAGCUUCUACUCUGGUCCAAUGAGUUCUGAAGAGCCUGGUAUUUGCAACACUGCAAACAGAAACAAAAUAAAUAUUCAUAAUCGAGUGAGGUCCAGCCCGUUAAGAAGGUUGCUAGACCCUAUUUUGAAGGGUAGGGGAACAAAACCAUGCCAUUCUGCCGACGGAAUUCAGUCAUCUACUAGAAAUCUGAAUUCAACUUUUGAAGUUAUCAGCAGUACUGGAUCCCUUCAGGACAAGAAGCAUGAGGCAUCAAUAUCCCAAGCUCUUUUGCAGCUUACUGUUAAGAAUGGACUCCCUUUAUUCAAACUUGUUGCUAAUAACAAUAGCGAUAUUCUUGUUGCCUUGAGAAAAUUAACAGGAUCCAGCAAAGAUGAUGCUAGCUGGGUUUACACAUUUUACUCUGUCCAAGAAACUAAAAAGAAGAGUGGGAGCUGGAUAAAUCAAGGGCAUAAAGGAAGAAGUUACGACUUUGGAUAUGAUACUGUAGGCCAGAUGAAGGUUUUCAGCUCUAAUCAUCCAGAUUUGACCAUACAGAGUUCCAAGGACCAAUUUACAGAGGUAGAGUCGGUUCUAUAUGGUGUUGAUAUUAGACAGGCAGGUCAGGAAACCCAAGAAUUAGUGCCAAACAGGGAGCUUGCUGCCAUCAUUGUCAAGACCCCGAGUGGGAAUUCAAGUGAUGAUUCAGACCCGGGAAAAAAAUGCAAAAAAUUAACAGGGAGAGAGUUCAUGAAGUCCUCACAGGAAGGUAGAACCUCCUGUAGGAAACAAGAGAGUGAGAAGUGCAGUAGCAUCAGAGUCAUUCUUCCUGGUGGUGUUCACAGCUUGCCUAGUACAGGAGUUCCUUCACCAUUGAUCAAAAGAUGGAAAGCUGGGGGAUCAUGCGAUUGUGGAGGUUGGGACGUUGGUUGCAAGCUGCGAAUUCUCACCAGUGAGGAUCAGAGCUGCAAGAUGUCUAGACCAUCCACAUCUUGCCCUGAACCAGAUCAUUUUGAUCUUUUCAAUGAGGGAGGAGGUCCUGAUGAAGGGCCAAUGUUAAGCCUUACAACUUUCAAGAAGGGGAUAUUCUCUGUCGAAUUCGAUGCAUCAAUUUCCAUGUUACAAGCAUUCUCAACUAGUGUUGCGGUCAUAAGUAGUCAGAAGGUAUUUGACUUCUCAGACGAGAAUCACCUCUCCGAUGAAAAACUUCUCAACGAAUCCACUUUGACUGGAAAUAAUGGGAUAAAGGCUCCUACUGAAGUCCGCAGGGAAGUUCCUAUAAGAUAUGUCCCUUCUCUACCUCCAUCUCCAGUUGGAAGAGUGUAGUUCCAGGCAAGUAAUCCAUCUUACUGUAAGCAUCUCACUGUUUUGAAACUAGCAAAGAACCAAUGAGUCUUCUCCUCAAAGAGGGGCAUAUUGUUAAUAAUAAUCUUUCAGUUGCUCAA